AUGCACCGAGGCCUCAAUUGUGAUGCCGCCGCGGUCAGCGCCAGCCGCAGACCUGGAUUCAUGGCGCCGGGCGCGUGCCCUCGCCUGCGUGCGUCGAGCUGGGGCCUGGGCGCAUGGCAGCGGCGCCCUCGGUUGCUACGCGGCCUCCUCGCUGGGCAGUGGGCAGGCGCGGUGGUUGUUGGUCCCAUUCAUUGGGCGGUCUCCGACUCCGAGAGUAUUCAAAGCAGCGUAGGCGCUCGCAGGAAGCGGCUGCAAAUGGAUGUCCUGAAUGCUGCCAAACACGAGCGAGAGAAGGAAGAUCAUUCCCACGCGGCCACGCUUCUCUCGACGGUUCCUCCUCGCCUCUCCGGCACCGCCCCAUGCGCCCCUCCCGCGGCUCCCCGUCGCUCCCCUCUCUCCGCUGGCCCGCGCUCCGCACACCUACGCGGGUCUCCUAGGCCGACCCGCGCGCUGUCGACCCAAUUGCCCCUCCUCCGCCAGCUCGGCGCCGAGGACCCGCGCUCCGCCGAUCCGCGCAUCUCCCUCCUCAGCCAGCCCGCGCGCCCCUCCUCCGCCAGCUCAGUGCCGUCGACCCGCGCGCCCCUCUCGCCUCGCGCCCACGCUCUGCCGACCUACGCGGGUCUCCUCGGCCGACCCGCGCGCCGUCGACAAUCGCCCCCUCCUCCGCCAGCUCGCCGCCGCACGCCCCUCUCCGCGCUCCUCUCUCCGUCCCGAGGCCCUCACCGUCGACCCCACGUUCGCCGGACUCCUGCUACUGUGCCGAAUCCAGGACGUCAGGAGAUCCAGAUAGUGCUCGUGUUCCUCGUGCGAGAAGGGAAGAAAGGGACCGGCGUUGCGGGUGCCAUCCCACGCUCACCGUCACCUCCGCGCUCCUACCCCCACUGCGCACUGUCGUCGCUGUCCACUCCGCCCGAAGAACCCGGCCCACGCAACGACGGAGGGGAGCUCCACCACCGCCUCCUCCGCCGGAUUGUAAAGAGGACACCUGGGAAACAUUCAUCGCUGAUUCACUGCUCUAUGAGAGGAAGAAAAGCGUCAUGCCUUCCUCGCCCCUCGCCGUCGCCUGUAACAACAAUUCAAGCAUGGUGGCUGUUAGGGCCUGAAGUCUGAACCAACUGAAGAAGAUAGAACUGAUGCUGACCAGGAAGCCUCACCGUGCACGUAGGACUUGGUGCGGGGCAGCCCGGCGGAGGUGAUGUCCUUGAAGUGAACCUCCAUGAACUUGGCGGCGGUGGCCUGGUCCACCGUCCACCAUGUUCUGGACUUCCAUUACACGAAGUUGCUGUUGAUCAUCCCACAGAGUGCAGAGUUUCAGAUAAGUAUGUGCAGGGUCAUCACAAGUUCAGAACGAGAAAGCAGAGUGAUUGACCACAAACUCAGAUGCUAUGGCCAAACAGAAGGUUUUUUUUUUUUUGCAGAAUGUAAAGGGCAAUUUCGAGUAUAAACCUGAUGGUCACAAGAAAAGAUCCUGCAGGCAUAUAGAAGUCUCUUGUUCUCCGUGUUCUCCCACCUUGGCAUACAGAAUGUUUUUGCUUCAUCAUGCCAAAAAAAGAGAGCAUGGUCGUAAACCAAUCACCUCUUGGAAACGUAAUCAGGGAAAGGCUAGCUCAUAGUUGGAACUGGAACGGCAUAUCAAGGAUCAGCUCACCAUUCACGGUAGAACUUCAUGGUCCUCAUGGUAGCUCCUGCCGCAUCAUAUAUUUCUGUACUUCACGGUGGGAAAGGAGGAACAGAUAUUUUCUUCUUUAACCAUAAAUAAAAACAUUCUACAUCCUUCCUCUUUUU